AUGAGAAUCAACGCAACAAAAAUGAGUACUCCGAUCGAGGAGAAGAUUGAUCAGAAAUUGAAGGUGAGCAAUACUUUUAAACAUUCUUUGCUGUUUACUUGUUAUUUUAUUGAAAUCCAAACAUGUGUAGUGUGCAGUAUACUUAUUUUCUAGACAAAUUUUUAUUGUCGAUUUUCAGAUUAACAUUAUCUUAAAAUGAUGAAAUAAACAUAAUGAGACACGGAAAAUUGUAUAUUAAGUUUGAAAGUUAUUUAUUAUAUUAGAAGGAUAGUAUGAUAUUAAAGAAAUAAAACGUUUACAUUCUUUUUUUAUUUCAAUUGUAUAAUUAUCUAAAUAUCAAGGCAUGUCAAAAAGAUUAGAAAAUAAAAAAUUGUAAAUGGAGAAACGAAUUAUUUGAGAAUAUAUCCUCAAUUAAAUACAUAUAUACAGAGCAAUGUAGUAAUACAGUUAAUUAAUCAAUAUACAGAAGUAUUUGUAAUUCAAAUAAAGAUUGUACUUUAUUUUUUAAAUUUAUCAAUGAUGGACUUUGAUAUUCUGCUAUUUUUAUAAUAUAUACAACUUUUUAUAAUUGACUUUUAUAUGUUUAUAUGGUUUAAUGUAAUUUAAUUUGAUAUAUUUAAUAUAUACACAAUUGCUAUAUAUACAUAAUUUAAUAUACAAUUUUUUUGACACACAUAUAUGUAUGUGUGUAUACGUAUAGUUGAAGAUAAAUUAAUUUAAAAUUAAUAAAGUAAUUUAAGAAUGAAGUAAAAUUUUAAUCCCAAUUUUAAUCUUAAUUUUCUUCAAAAAGGUGAGGAGUGGAAUGGUAAGUGUUAGUGAUGGAAAAAGUAAACCAGUUCCAAUGCGUUUACAUCUGUCUAUGGAAGUUUUAAAGCUCCAAAGAGAAGAUUUAGAGCAGGCAGCGAAUCACAAUAAACCACCGUUAGAUGCUAAAGAGAGAAUGGUGCAAAUAACUAGACAAAAAGUUGGAGGAUUAGGAUUAAGCAUAAAGGGAGGAGCAGAGCAUAAACUUCCUGUACUUAUAUCUAGAAUUUAUAAAGGUCAAGCAGCUGAUGAAUGCGGCCAAUUAUUUGUAGGAGAUGCAAUAAUUAAAGUAAAUGGAGAAUAUAUAACUGCAUGUAAUCAUGAUGAUGCUGUCAAUAUUUUAAGAAAUGCAGGUGACAUUGUAGUUUUAACAGUAAAACAUUAUCGCGCAGCAAAGCCAUUUCUACAGAAAAAUGAAAAAGAAGAGAAAUUAGAUAAUGUUGCAAAUGGGAGUUCAGAAGAUGAGUGGUUAUCACCUAACAGACAAAGUGGUAGUCCUAGAUGUGGUCAUAGUAGACAAAGUUCAAAUGCAUCUGCUACAUCAAUGCAAUAUAAAAAAUGGAUAGAUGUUAUAACAGUUCCAUUGAUGAUGGCUUAUGUUACAAGAUAUAUCUUUGGAACAGAUAAAUUAAGAAGAAAUGCGUUUGAAGUAAGAGGAUUAAAUGGUGCACGUACUGGUGUAAUACACUGUGAUGAUAGUGCCAUUCUAAGUCAAUGGUUAAAAUAUAUUACUGAUAACAUUACAGGUUUAACGCAUUUACAGAUGAAAUUAUAUAAUCGCAAUUUCGGAGUCGGUGAACGUAUAGAAUAUAUGGGCUGGGUCAACGAAGCAGUAAGCAAUAGUAAUCAGCCAUGGCAGAGUUAUAGACCAAGGUUUCUAGCACUAAAAGGACCUGAUUUGUUAUUAUUUGAAACACCCCCUUGCAACAUAGGAGAUUGGUCACGAUGUGCAUUGACUUUUAAAGUAUAUCAAACAAUGUUUCGUGUAAUGCGAGAGUCUGAAAAUGUAGAUGAAAGACAGCACUGCUUUUUAGCACAAAGUCCGGGUAAACCUCCACGAUAUUUAAGCGUUGAAACUAGACAAGAACUGUUAAGAGUUGAAGCAGCAUGGCAUACUGCAGUGUGUUCAGCUGUUACACAUUUAAAAAGUAAAACAUUUCCUGUUACUUUUAAUGGAAGAAGUGCAGGACUAACUUUAGAAUGGACUCAAGGUUUUACACUUUCUUAUGAAGAUAUUGGAGAAACUGUAUGGCGUUAUAAGUUUUCGCAAUUAAGAGGAUCUAGCGACGAUGGAAAAAGUAGACUGAAAUUACACUUUCAAGAAUCGGAUAGUAUUGCUAUUGAGACGAAGGAAUUGGAAUGCUCUCAAUUGCAGAAUUUAUUGUUCUGUAUGCAUGCAUUUUUAACUGCAAAAGUUGCUGCAGUUGAUCCAACAUUUUUAACAUCGACAACUCCGUAAGAUCGAAGUAAGUUAUUAAUUAUUGCCAAAUAAAUCACAGAGAAAAAUAGGUCACUGUUCAACAUUCAUAUAUUUGCAUAAACGUACAGAAAUAUUCUAAUUAUCAAAUUAGAUCAAAGAUACGUCAAAUACUAG